AUGAAGAAGCAGAGAAAGGAGAAAAAGCACACAACAACGACGCCAACAAAGCAAAUAAUUGAGAAAUCAAAAAUACCACUAAAAGAAAUUACAGGAACACAGGUGAAAUUAACAUCUACAGAAACCUCAAUGUCAACAGUUCCAGACAAAUGUCAACAAUUACAACUACCAGAUGUUAAGCAAUCCGAAAUAGAGGUUAAUUCAAUUAGUCAGAAAAAAGUCAUUGGAAAAGAAAGAAGCACAGAAGUUGAAAAGAAUGAGGAAAACGUGAAAGAAGAUGAGAAGAAGAUGAGCCAAAAUGUGGACGAGGAUGAAGUAGUAAGCGAAUAUUUGACCACACCGUUGGACUAUUACUUGAGGGGUCAGCUAGCUAAUCGACCAUCAGAAUACGAUGAUACCACACACAAUCCUGGUGAUCGAUUACGCUGA